GGAAAUGUAUAAAUAAACAUAAUUCAUUGCCAGGUGUUACAGAGAACAUGAGUUGAAGCCAGGUAUCAGCAUUCACAAUGUUAAUUAAUUAGAGAACAUUUUAAAUCCCUCUCGGUGUGAGAAUUAAGAUUCAAAAUUGACCGAGUAAUCCUAUCACAUGCCUUUUUCCCCAGUCAUCUUCUACAUAUAUUCUGCUGACUAUUACUCUUCAAAGAGGAAAUGAAACCCGCUAAUUCCUUUUAAUGAAAAGCAACAACAUACUGUAAGCACGCACACCAAUCGCCACCAUACUGAAGCAAAAACCUUCACUGUCAAUACUGAAUGUGUUGACACUUCCAAAAGAAAUAGGCCAUGGACAAAAAUGAGAUUUGGUCAGCAUUUGUUCUGUCAAAAUGCCCCUUAACAAUAUACCAAACCCUUAUAAUCUCAGGCUAAUUGUUCUUUAGCUGAUGUGACACUCUUGACUUGAUUCUCAGAUCAACAAAAUAUCAAACUGUUACUGUUUUCCUCUCCCUCCAACAGUAAAAGUCAGUACAUUAACUCAAGUACUGUACUUAAGUCAGUGGUUCUCAAAUUAUUUCUGUCACGCCCCCCUUCAGAAGCCGAAAAAAGUUCAUGCCCCCAACCCCCUAGCAGUAAAAGUGGAUUUAAUUUUAACAAUCAUUAGCAAUACAGGCGAAUGAAGGAAAGAAAAGAUUCUGCAAGAUAGCCAUGCUAGCAUCAGAGCACUUUUGUUUAUGUCACCACAUGAUUCAUAUUCAUGCAACUUUAGGUCCGCUCAACAUCCACGCCGUGACUCUAUGCCCCCAACUUUGAUAACCACCGACUUAAGUACAUUUUUGGGGUAUUUGUACUUUUAAUACAUUAAUUAAUAAAUAAUUAAUUUAUUAUUAAAUUUAUGUUGCUUUAUACUUUAUUUGGGCAAAUAUUGUACCUUUUAGUCAACUUCAUUUAUGUGACAGCUAGAGUUACUACUUACUUUGCAGACAAAACUUUAACUUACAAAACUAAUGAUCAGGACCUUUGACAUCAGGGUCAGUUUACGAAAGAUGAAGAGUGAAACAAAACAGUUGAGUGUGGUCUGUGGCUCAGGAAGAGCUUUGUCAAGUCAGAAUAUAAAUCUGAUGAUGUGGGUUUGCAGACUAUGAAUUUAUAACGAAGAAAUUGCUGGUUGCAUUCUAGCCUGGUUCCAGACCUCUGAAUUAUCACCCGCAUCUCAGAUCUGUUCAGCGAUUUAUGUAGGUCUGACAUCGUGCCCAUUUACAGCUGUUUCUCUCAGUUACUGACCAACAAUUGACCAAUCAGACCUUAGUCGGCAGGAUUAAGAAUGGGGACGUCAUCUAUCUACGUAGCUAGCUACCAGGCUACAUCCAUGAAAAAUAGCAACAGAAAGAUGGCGACAAGUGUAGGUGAGAUCGACACAGUUGCACAAGUUGCUGUAACUUCCUUUACAGAAACAACUCUUAAAUCAAUAUGUUUCCUUGAUCAAUGUGAAAAACUUUAAUUGCUCCUAGCAACCGCUGUAGCAGCUUCCAUGUCAACUGAAAAUGGUGUAUGUGGGACGAAUACAUAGUCCCCUCCCAACAAGAAAUCGACUAACAUGAAAACAACGUCAGGCUGAAUGAAUUAAGUGAAACAUAAUGGCAAUUCAGUCUGAUUAUCAGUUGUUGCAUUAUGGGAAAUGUAGGACCCAGCAUUCGUGGAGCUUGACCCACACUGGGAACUAAAUGUCAGAAUAUCUCAGCAACUACAACUUCGACCAUUCUUUUUCUACUUCUCUCUUGUGAGUCUCUCAACUUUUUGGAAGUGUAAUACUAAAUUGCUGGAGUAACCCUUUAAAAUGCUGUAUUAUACACUGUAUUCAUUCAUUUAAAAUGCUGUAUUCAAUUCAAUGAAUACUUAAACUUUUUGAAACUUUUUGCUCCUAAUAAUUCUGUACUUCUACUACUUGUUUAAUGAAUUAUUGGAUAUUGGUACUUUUAGAUCUCAAUACCACCUCCACCACUGCAAUCUUUAGAUUUUGAUUUUGAAAAUUAAUAAUUUCUUUGCUGUCCGGUACUUCCUUCUUAGAAUACAGGCGUAAAAUGUCCAGCAGAGACCUUCGUGACGUGACCUGGCCAAGGUCAGCGGCUACCGAAUGUUGACCCCUCACACCCAACUAUGUGGCCCGGAGGAGUUUGGAGUGGGUGUGCCCUGCAAUGAUGUGCUCACAAAGUCCACAGUGUCCAGACAGUCCUGUGUGCACACCUAGUCCCACCCCUUCUCUCACCCCCUCAGUUGCCUACCUCUCUCCCUCCUUUGCUCCCCUGUACUCUUCUGCUCCUCUCCCGGGGUCAGUUACUCGUUUGAAGUUACUCCUCGAGAAGUUUUUUGGAGACGCUUUGCUCUGUCUGACGCUCAUCCUUCACAGCCACCAUGGUUCACAGCAGCAGUAUCUGCAGAUUCCUCCUCCUUGUGCUCCUAGGCCUCAUGGUAGCCUUUGUACACACAGAGACAGCUGCAGACCCUGCCUCAACAACCAGGGACAACCAGGACACCAUGUCUGGAGAGCCACCCAGUGACGUCACCACCAAAGACCCUUUCCAGGACAUGACGGAGCAGCCCUUCACCUUCGACUACGAGGACACCACACACUCCCAGCCCAUGGACGAGGAGGAAGGGGUACUGGGGCCAGGGGCCAUCACAGCCAUUGUUAUAGCAGUUUUCCUUGGAGCAUCAGUCCUCCUCGCCCUCAUUGUCAUCACGCUCAGGAAGUUCACCACCUCCUAGAGUGAAUACAUCCCAUCUUGUGUGUGUGUGUGUGUGUGUGUGUGUAUGUGUGUGUGUGUGUGUGUGUGUAUGUUUGUAUGUCAUGAGUGUGUCAGCGUUUCUCUUUUGCCUCUCAUCUCAAUUUCUCAACUCUUAACUCGCUCCUUGUCUUUCUUUCAAAGAUGAGUUGUGUCUUUUGCUUUUCUGUAGAUGCUAAAAAAAUGUGGCAGGUCCCUUGACUGACUAUUUACAGAUGUACUCCUGUAAACACUCUUAGUUGUUGCUCAACAUGUCCACUUGUUACUAAAGGUAUAAUGUUAGAACUGGCUGGCUCUUCCAGUGGAAAUCAUAGCAUGUCCAUGUCCAUUUUUCUUCUUUCUUUUUAAGGUCUUACAUGCAUGCUCUAAAGGGUUUUUAACGUUUGUGGGCUGUUUGUCUUGAGAGUUUGAUGUGAAGUGUCCUGCAUGUCUUUGCCUUUAUUUGUACAUGAAGUGUGUGUGUGUAUUUGUGUGCUUUUGUUAGUCCGUGCCUUACUUUUUUUCUUUCAAUAAGAAAGUUAUUUGAGAUUUAUGUGCCUACAGAUGAGGUUUGUAUUAGUCUUUCACAAUGAUUUUAACUUGUGCCAAAAUAAUUUCUAAAAUAUUCCCUUGGUGUCACCCGUGUACAAGUUUCGAAGUUUGUAUUGCACCAUUUACAAACAUUUGUGGAGUCAAAAUAAGAAGAAAACAUUUUUAAAAAGGCUUCUUCGAUGAAUGUAAACAGGGUAUUUGGGUUGUUUGUUUUACCUGCAGAGCAAAUAUAAAGUUAGAGCGUGGAUGAAUGUGUGUUCGCACUCAAGUGAGUGUUUGUAGUUUUUUGUUGUUGUUUUAUUUGGGGGGAUAUUUUAGUAAAAUUAUUGUCUUUUUUCUAUACGCCUCAGAGUCCUCAGUACUUCAGCCAUUCAGCUGGAUGUUGCCGUGGUAAUGUCACUGCCCAAUUAUUUUGUUUGAGAUUUAAGUUGAAUAAAUAAAUCAUAUGCCAAAA